CAGGGGAGGCUGAAACUUGUCACCUCACAAGCACGGCAGACGGACAGACGCAUUUAUCGACAUGAUAUAGUCACAAAUUCCUACAUGUUGGCUGUCGUAUGAAGAGGUAGUCGUUUUAUAUAGUUUGUUUGAUUUUUAGUCUGCUAAAGUAUUUAUAUUAGAUGUAAUUGUGUAAACCUCAAUAGAAUUUAGCGCCACCACUUGUGGCAUCAUGAUGAUGGGAGUUAACUGUCGCUGAUAGUCUGACCGACUUGCAACAAUGUUGCCCUCAUCUAACAUUUUGACCAGAUCCGCUACCCAAUUGGUGUCACACUCAAAGUUUUGGAGUCAAGGUCAUCUGUGGUGCCCAUGCCGGAAUGUCUCCGUUAAACCAGGAGGGUGGAAACCGCAGAAGGUUCCACCAAGAUACCUCGGCCAGCUAAGCCCCUUCACUCAUCCACACUUCAUAAAAAAUGGUGAGGUGACCCCUGGCUUAACCCAAACAGAGUUUGAUCUCCGUCGGCAAAGACUGGCCUCUCUAAUCGAGGUUCAGGCAGAUCGGCUGGGACCCACUGCUUCGUCCAACAAACACCUCGUCAUUGUCCUCUCCCACCCAAUCCGCUACAUGACCAAUGACAUCCCCUACCCCUUCCACCAGAACCAGGACUUCCUCUACCUCACAGGCAUCCUUGAGCCAGACAGCGCCCUGGUUCUGUGUGGUACCGGCCGCCCGGACCAAGCCAUCCUCUUUGUACCCCGCAGGGACCCGGCCAGGGAGCUGUGGGAUGGGCCCAGGUCAGGGAAGGACGGUGCGGCAGCGUUGACGGGGAUGGAGAGGGUCCACUGCACAGAAGAGUUGGGACUUGUACUCAAAAGCCUUAAAGGUAGCACUGUGUGGUAUGAUGGCUCCAAGCCCUGCCACCCUGGGCUCCACCAGACCCAUGUUUGGCCCCUGUUGGAAGGGGGGCCCAUGGUGCGCUCUCUCAGACCCCUUACACACUCCCUCAGGGCCCUCAAGAGCCCAGCCGAGGUGGCUCUUAUGAAGGAGGCUGGUCGCAUCACAGCACAGGCAUUCAAGAAGACUAUGGGUAUGUCUCAUGGGGACAUUGAUGAAGCUCUACUGUAUGCUAAAUUUGAUUUUGAGUGCCGUGCCCAUGGAGCCAAUUUKUUGGCCUAUCCUCCUGUGGUUGCUGGUGGAAACCGAGCCAAUACACUUCAUUACAUAAACAACAACCAGAUUGUCAAGAAUGGGGAGAUGGUGCUACUUGAUGGAGGGUGUGAAUACUUUUGUUAUGUCAGUGAUAUUACUCGCACCUGGCCGGUGAACGGAAAGUUCAGCCCUGCCCAGGCAGAGUUGUAUGAGGGGGUGUUGGAGGUGCAGAAGGCCUGUCUGUCUCUGUGCUCCCCAGGAGUCAGUCUGGACCACAUCUACAGCACCAUGUUGGCUCUGCUGGGACGCCAACUCAAACAGCUGGGCAUCGUGAAGGGCUCCACCAGUGAUGCUGAUGCACUUAAGGCGGCAAGGCGCUACUGCCCCCACCAUGUUGGUCACUACCUGGGCAUGGAUGUGCACGAUACCCCUGAGCUUUCCCGCUCUCAGCCCCUCCAGCCUGGAAUGGCAAUCACAAUAGAGCCAGGGCUGUACAUAUGUGAGGACGAUGACCAGGUUCCAGAGCGAUUCCGUGGACUUGSGGUGAGAAUAGAGGACGACGUUGUGAUUCAAGACGAGAUAAACCCCUUGAUCCUGUCCUCUGACACACCCAAAACCAUUGCUGAUGUUGAAAGAGCAUGUGCACAGAGUUAGGGCGGAGAGAGACUAGACAUGGGGAGGGUAUAUACCUUGCUCCCAACUGGAGUGUGACCGUAUACACUCCUCAAAUGCUAAYUGUGAGCAAGAGUGAGUGUUCAUCCCUCUCAAGAGUGACGGGUCACAUUUCAGUGGGUUCGUCUUCGGUAUAUUGGCGAUUGCACAAUUUAAUGUGCAUCCCGCCACCUACUGUGCGGGAUGAAAACAGGGUUUCCCCAAAAAACGGAACUAUCAACAAAAACGAACAAACUACCAAAAAUAAAAUAUAUCAAACAACUUCACUGUUAAAAAAUAAACGAAUUUGAUCCCUACACAGGCUCAGGGGGAGCCUGAGAGGGCGGGCUAUCUUCCGGCGCCAAUACCCCUUCCAAGUGCUUCAGAUGUAUACUAAACAAAAAUAUAAACGCAACAUGUAAAGUGUUG